AUGGUGCUCUCGGACCUGGGCCGGCGCAUCAACGCCGCCGUGUCCAACCUCAACCGGGAACCCAACCUCGACGAGAAAGCCUUCGAUGCCAUGAUCAAGGAGAUAUGCUCGGCCCUUCUCUCCGCAGACGUGAACGUUCGGCUGGUGAGGAACCUACGGAAAUCAAUACAAAGCACAGUCAACUUCAAGGAAUUACCACCGCACACGAGUAACAACAGCAAGAAGCGACUGAUUCAGCAGGCCGUGUUUGAUCAUCUCGUCCAACUUGUUGACCCUCAUGCCGAACCAUACAAACCGAAGAAGGGCAGGCCAAAUGUCAUCAUGUUUGUCGGCCUUCAGGGCGCUGGAAAAACAACGUCGUGUACAAAACUGGCUAGAUACUAUGCGCAGCGAGGAUUCAAAGCAUGCUUAGUCUGCGCAGAUACAUUCCGGGCUGGUGCAUAUGAUCAGUUGAAGCAGAAUGCCACGAAGGCGAAGAUACCAUACUACGGGUCGUUGACGCAGACGGACCCGGCGGUUGUUGCAGCGGAGGGUGUGGCUCGGUUCAAGAAAGAGAAGUUUGAGAUCAUUAUCGUCGAUACCUCUGGUCGACACAAGCAGGAAGAAGACUUGUUCGCCGAGAUGGUGCAAGUCCAAAAGGCUAUUAAGCCGGAUCAGACCAUCAUGGUACUCGACGGCACAAUCGGCCAAGCAGCAGAAGCGCAGUCGUCCGCAUUCAAGCAAGCAGCAGAUUUCGGUGCCAUUAUCAUUACGAAGACCGACGGUGGGGCCGCAGGAGGCGGUGCGAUAUCAGCAGUUGCGGCUACGCAUACCCCGAUCAUUUUCCUCGGAACUGGUGAACACAUGAUGGACCUGGAAAGAUUCGCGCCGAAACCAUUCAUCUCGAAACUCCUUGGCUACGGCGACAUGUCUGGAUUGAUCGAACAAAUCCAAACAAUUACGAGGGAGUCCGCUGGGAUGAAAGAGACACAAAAACAUUUGGCCGAGGGUAUCUUUACACUUCGAGAUAUGAAAGAACAAAUCACCAAUAUUAUGAAGAUGGGCCCACUUUCGAGGGUCGCCGGGAUGAUUCCUGGUCUUGGAAGUAUGAUGCAAGGUAUGAGUGAUGAAGACGGGACGGAGAAGCUGAAACGAAUGGUCUACAUCUACGACAGCAUGACUGCAAAAGAGCUCGACUCGGACGGCAAGAUUCUGAUCUCCCAGCCUACGAGGAUGGUGCGAAUAGCUUGCGGCUCCGGAACCAGCGUACGAGAUGUGGAAGAACUCCUCACGCAACACAAAGUUAUGGCUUCUUUGGCCAAGAAUAUGGGCGCCCAGAAGAAGAACAUGCAGAGAGCACAGUCCAUGAUGCAAGGUGGCAACAAAGCCCAGCAGAUGGCCGCCAUGCAAAAGAGAAUGGCGAGCAUGGGUCAAGGGCGAGGAGGAUUUCCUGGUGGAGGAGAUAUGGGCAAGAUGAUGCAGCUUCUCCAAGGAAUGGGUGGUGGUGGUGGUGCCGGAGGUGGUGGUGGCAUGGGCGGCAUGGAUCUGAAUGCCAUGAUGCAACAAUUUGGUAUGGGUGGGGGUCGAGGUCGUGGAAGAUGA